AUGGCCGACAAGGACAAGGAUAACGACGAGGUGGAAGCGACAAUCGCCGACGAGGCGGUGGUGACCAAGUACAAGACGGCCGGGGAGAUCGCCAACCGUGUUCUUGUUGAAAUCAUCGAAAAAUGUGUAGAAGGUGCAUCAGUCCGUGAUGUUUGCAUUUCAGGUGAUAAUUUAAUAUUAGAAGAGACUAGUAAAGUAUUCAAAAAAGAAAAGGAAAUGAAAAAAGGUAUUGCUUUUCCCGUUUGUAUAUCUGCAAACGGCUGCAUUUGCCAUUUUUCACCUAUUACAAGUGAACCAGAUCAUACAAUUGCAAAGGAUGACGUUUUAAAGAUAGAUUUAGGAGUUCAUUUAGAUGGUUUCAUUUCAAUGAUUGCUCAUACUGUUGUUGUGGGAGCGAAUUCUGAAAAUAAAAUCACAGAUAAAAAAGCUAAUUGUUUCUUAGCUGCUCAUUAUGCAUCUCAAGCUGCAUUAAGACUAAUGAGGCCUGGAAAUGAUACGUACCAAAUAACUGAUAUGGUAAUGAAGGUUUGCAAAGAAUUUGAGUGUAAGCCAGUUGAAGGUAUGCUUAGCCAUCAAUUGCAGCAAUUUAAAUUAGAUGGUCCCAAAACCAUUAUUCAGAAUCCUACUGAAUCGCAUCGAAAAGAACAUGAAAAGGCAACUAUUGAGGCCAAUGAAGUAUAUGCUUUAGAUGUACUUGUUAGCACAGGAAGUGGAGCUGCCCGUGAAACAACAGCUAAGGUAUCUGUUUUUAAAAAAACAGAGGAAGUAUAUCCAUUGAAGCUUAGGGCAUCUAGAAUAUUUUAUACUGAAGUUAUUCAAAAACAUAGUUUAAUGCCAUUCAAUUUAAGAAAUUUUGAGGAUGAAAAGAAAGCUAAAAUGGGUGUGAUGGAAUGUGUAAAUCACAAACUCAUUGAACCAUUUCAAGUUCUUUUUGAAAAAACUGGCGAAACUGUUGUGCAAUACAAGUUUACAGUGUUAGUAACAGCUACUGGACCUGCUCGAAUAACAGGAUUACCAUUUGAAGAGGAUCUUUAUGUGCCUACUUUAUCCAUUAAGGACCCAGAAAUAUUGAGUUUACUCAAGACAUCUGUAAAUCAAAGAGGAAUUUUGCAACCAGUUAAAAAGAAGAAAAAGAAGCCUCAAAAAAAUGCUAACAAUGCAGCUGGUGAAAAUUGUUCUAUGGACGUAGAUCAACCAUCAAAAACAGAAGCAGGAGUUGAAAAAAUGGAAGUGGAUGCAUCAGCUUAG